AUUGUCACUGCAGCAGUGUGCAGUGAGUUCUAUGCAAUUUUAAUGCUGUAAAUAUUUUUGAUAUAUAUGUUUAAAUUCAUAUUCCACUAGAUUUCUCAUUUUGCACUCUAGCAUUUUCUUAAUCUCUUUCUACAUGAAAUCCCAUAGGUUAGGUUAUGUGCUAAAGUAUAGGUACAGAAAGCUAAUUCUAUAGAGCAAACCUUAGGUACACCCUUUAUUGUUAUAAUUUGUAUAGGAAUGGUCAAGUUCAUUGUUUUGUUCUGUGUAGAGCGCUGGGCAGUACCAGCUUCCUUGUAACUUUAAUUAGACUGUCUAAUGAGCAGUCUGGCUUGGCCAUAAGUUCAGAACCUUUAAAUAGAGAUGCAAAAAGCCAAGAAACUUCAGUUCAUAGUAAAGACACAGAAGAGAGAACUCCAGUUAACGUCAAGAUAUUUCUCGUAUUGAUUGCAACCAAGUGUACUUGUCUUAUAGCCUCCAAUUGUAUUUUACCUCGGAUUUUGGACCGUGGGAUGACGGAAUAAAGUUCCACAUAAGCCACACUAAAGUCUGUGAAUACAUUUCUUUUGGAGUGAGAGUAUUUGUUAGCCGAAACUCCGUCCGUUUAUCGAGGAUAAAGGGCGGCAGCCACAAUAAAAUACAACUGCUGUAGACAUUUACGCUUCGUAAGGCAUGAGUGAGCGAGAAACAUCGGUGAGGAUGACGUCACUGAAAGGAGCAACCAGGGAUGAGGACCUGCAUAGCCAAGUAAGUGGUAGCAGUAGCAGGAGGAGCAGACUGAGCAGGAGAUCGAGUAGAUCAUCAAAAAGUGAACUUUCUGCCCGUAAAGCCUCACUGGAAGCUAAAAAGGAAAAUGAAAGUAAAAUGCUAAUGUUGCUAAAAGAGGACAAAGAAGCUAAACAAGCCUUUCAUCAAAAUAGGAAGGCUGUUCUUGAACAAAAAAUGAAGACUCUUGAGCUUGAACAGGAAGACAUGGAAAAUGCCUAUCUUAGUGAGCAGAAAGUGAUUGCUGCUCAAAAGUCUAUAGUAGCUGCAGACAUAGAAAUCUCAGAACUGGCUAUAUUGGAAGAAUGCUGCGAAGAUGAUAGUGAAACUGAUGAUGAGGUUUCUAUUAAAGGACUGACACGGGAGAAAAGGAGCGAAAGGAUGGAGAGAUUCUUUGGCUCACAAGAGGAAGUCACAGUGAAAAAUAUCAAACCUGAGUCUCCCGUGGUCAAUACUCCACCAGUUAGUAGCCCAGCAGUGCAAGCCAGACAGGAUACAGCCGCAUCAUCACUGGAGGAUUGCCUGCAACAGCUGUCUCGUUUUGUGGCAGGACAAAAUGCAGCUAGUAACCAACUAGCCGCAUUCAGCCAACUCCCUAAGAUCGACGUACCUAUAUUCUCUGGUGAUCCUCUGCAAUACACGUUGUGGAAAAAUGCCUUUGACUGUACAGUGGAUUCAAAGCCAAUUGGUGAGCAGUACAAAUUGAAUUAUUUGAAUGCAUAUGUCAGUGGCAGGGCUAAGGAGAUAGUAGAACACCAUCUUUUGAUAGGAGGGAGUAAUGCAUACCAAGAGGCUUUGAAACAGCUAGAGGACAGAUUUGGUGAUCCCAAUACGAUAAGCGUCUCGUACACCAAGAAACUGACUUCUUGGCCGAAGAUAUCAAGCCACGAUGCCAGUGGACUGAGGGACUUCGCAGAUUUUCUUCAGAAAGUUGUGGCAGCCAAGAGGAGAGUCCGCAACUUGGGAAUUCUGGAUUACCCUCAAGAAAAUGUAAAGCUUGUGGAGAAGUUACCAGGCUAUUUGGAAGGAAAGUGGCGUGAUGAAAUCGACAGAUGGCGUUCUCAUAAAGGCCCACAAAGCUUCCCUUCGUUCACAGAGUUUGCCGAGUUUGUCAUGAGAGCUGCAAGCAAAGCAAACAUCCCUGAGAUGGAGCCAUUAUCAAAGGAGUCAAAGCCGAACUUCAAAGCAAAUCAAAGGAGUAUGAAAGCAAGGACCUUUGUAACAAAUGGACAAGAUGGUGAACCAAGCAAGCAGUCCAAGGCACUGUCUAAGCAUAGGCAUGGCCGCUUCUCAUUGUGCCCCUUUUGCGAGAGAGAUCAUCAUAUUGAAGAUUGUGAUCGUUUCGCAAAAAACUCUGUCCAGGUGAGAAAGGCUUUCUUCAGGAAGAAAAUGAUAUGUCUUGGGUGUGGAGGAACAGACAAUCACUUUGUGAAACAUUGUCAUCAGAGAAAGUCAUGCAAACUUUGUGGGAAAAUGCAUCUCACAUGCCUCCACUAUGACCAAACCAAACCAGACGGCAAAGCUGAACUGCAGGAAGGAACAUCAAAUUGCACAUCUGUAUGUCUAAUGCCUGACCAAGAUGGGAGGGAUCACAGCAUGAUCGUUCCAGUUUGGGUAAGGCACGUGGAUCGACCAUCAGAGGAGACAUUAGAAUAUGCCAUUCUUGAUGACCAGUCGAACGUGAGUUUUGUCUCCAAACGCCUCUGCAAGAAGCUAGAUGUUAAAGGGGAGAAAACGAAUCUUCUCCUUACAACAGUGCACCAGACAGGGAAGAUAGAAAGUGAAAGGAUUAAAGGUCUUGAGGUACUGGACUUCAACAAGGAGAAUGUCAUCCAGCUGCCAAUCACUUUCUCCAGGGAUUCGGUACCUGCAUCCCGCUCCCAGAUCCCUAAGCCAGAGGUAGUCAAGCAGUGGGACCAUCUAAACAGCAUAGCAAGUAAAAUGAUGCCAUACAGAAAAGAUGUUGAAGUGUCGUUACUUAUCGGUAAUGAUUGCACAAGAGCAGUUAGACCUCGUGAAAUCAUAACUGGAAAUGAAGAUGACCCAUAUGCCCAGAGAUCACUGCUUGGAUGGGGAGUGGUUGGGAGAGUGUGUAAAACUCCUGGAGAACUCAAGUCUGCAACAUGUAACAAGAUCUCAGUCAACUCGUAUCCCAACUUCAGUUUCCAGACCAAGGUAAAGGAAAUAAUCUGCCCUGAAAGGAUCAUCCAAGCAUUGGAAGCAGACUUCAAAGAGGAGAACGAAGGUCGUCCACCACUAUCGGUACAGGAUGUGAGGUUUCUUGAUAUCUUGGAGAAGGGAAUUACAAAGCGUCAAGAUGGGCAUUAUGAAAUGCCUCUACCCUUCAAGUCCGAUCAGGUCCAAGUGCCUAAUAAUCGUCAUCUUGCUGUGAAGAGAUGGAAUCAACUGAAUGCUCGAUUCAGGAAGAGCCCUCAGUUUCUAGCUGACUACAAGGACUUUAUGAAAGAAGUCAUUAAUUCCUGUGCUGAGAAGGCCCCGACAGAGUACACCGAAGGCAGAGUUAACUAUGUCCCACAUACAGGCGUCUACCAUCCAAAGAAACCAGGCAAGAUCAGGGUGGUGUUUGACUGUUCUGCAAAAUAUCAGGGAAUCUCACUAAAUGAUAAUCUUCUCCAAGGUCCUGAUAUGACGAAUGGUCUGCUAGGAGUGCUAUGCCGGUUCAGACAAGAAGAUGUAGCAGUCAUGGCCGACAUCAAAAGCAUGUUCCAUCAAUUCUAUGUGCCAGCAGAAGACCGAGACAUGCUUCGCUUCCUCUGGUGGGAAGAUGGUGACUCUACCAAACAAGUGAUUGAAUACAGGAUGAUGGUCCACCUCUUCGGAGCAGCAAGCUCUCCCAGCUGUGCAAAUUUUGGUCUGAAGAGAGCUGCGAAUGACGGCGAGGAAGAAUUUGGAGAAGCAGCAGCUAACUACAUUCGCAACGAGUUCUAUGUUGAUGAUGGACUGAAAUCUGUGUCUUCAGUAGAAGAGGCGGUGUCUCUCAUGAAAGCAGCUCAGAACAUUUGUUCGAAGGCAGGACUACACCUUCAUAAAAUAAUGUCCAACAAGAAGGAAGUCUUAGAGAGUUUCCCAAUCGAAGACCGAGCCAAAGGCGUAGCAGAACUUAAUCUGGCGGAAGACCCAUUACCACUUGAGAGGGCUCUAGGCGUUGUGUGGUGUGUAGAGAGUGACUCUCUACAAUUCAGACUUGAACUACAUGACAAACCACUCACCAGAAGGGGGAUCCUAUCUACUGUAAGCUCCAUCUACGAUCCGAAUGGUUACGUCAGUCCUGUUACCUUGCGUGGUAAACAAAUCCUUCAGGAGCUUUGUCGAGGCAAACUAGACUGGGACAGCCCGAUUCCAGAGGUAAUCAGAGCGCAGUGGGAGAAGUGGAGACAGGAAAUCGGUGAGCUUGAAAAGUUCAAGGUACAGCGAUGUUUCAAGCCCCCUAACUUUGGUGAAGUGAAGCAUGCCGAGCUCCAUCAUUUCUCAGAUGCCAGCCAAGAUGGUUACGGGCAGUGCUCGUACAUAAGACUUGUCAAUGGAUCUGGAGAAGUAUCAUGCUCGUUGGUGUUAGCCAAAUCCAGAGUAACACCCCUGAAAGCCGUCACUAUACCAAGACUAGAGCUUGUAGCUGCAACAAUCUCUGCGAAGAUGAGUGGAUUCCUUCGCAAAGAACUGAGAUACAAGGAGAUCCGUGAAUUCUUCUGGACUGAUAGUAAAAUCGUCUUGGGUUACAUCAACAACGAAGCAAGACGUUUCCAUGUGUAUGUAUCAAACAGAGUGCAAGAGAUUCGUAACAGAACCAAUCCAUCAGACUGGUAUUAUGUUGAUACAAGCUGCAAUCCUGCCGACGAUGCUUCACGGGGACUAACAGCAUCAGAGCUCUUACAUAGUAGUCGCUGGUUAGAAGGACCCACCUUCCUACAUGUAAGUGGACAGUUCCAGCCACCAAUCCAAACUGAGCAGCCAGUUCUAGAGCAAUCGGACCCCGAAGUAAGGAGAGUAAGUACACUCUCUACUAGGGGAGAGACUGGGAGUGAUUUCGAUGUUGACCGCCUACAUCACAUCUCAAGCUGGAAACGUGCAAGGAGAGUGAUGGCCUUAUGUCUGAGAUACAAACGAAAUCUGCAGGCACAACGAACUAAGAGGAUCCCUAUUCAAACAGUUGCGAGACCCUUGCCAAAGGUAAACUUCAGCGUGGCAGACCUCCAAGAAGCAGAGAUGGAAAUCAUACGCUGUCUGCAGAGAAAGUUCUUCGCUGCAGAAAAGGCAAUUCUACAGAGUCUGAGUGUCGACAAGGAAAGUGAUCGGGAAAAAGCAAAGACAAGAAACCAGCGAAUCAAGGCAACAAGUUCUUUGUAUCGGCUUGACCCCUUCAUUGAUUGCGAAGGGAUUAUACGAGUAGGUGGUCGAAUCAACAGGGCGAAUGUUUCCCGUGAGCUGAAACACCCGAUCAUCAUUCCACGACAGGGUCACAUGACAAGUCUCUUAAUUCGUCAUCAUCAUGAGCAAAUAAAUCACAUGGGUCGUGGCAUGUCACACAAUCAUCUGAGGCAGUCUGGCUAUUGGGUAAUUGGAGGAUCGUCCGCUGUGUCCAGUUACAUCUCCAAGUGUAUAUUCUGCAAGAAGAUGAGAGGGAGUCUCCAGCAGCAAAAGAUGGCUGAGCUUCCAGAGGAUAGAUUGACACCUGCUGCACCCUUCACUUACUGCGCAGUGGACUAUUUUGGACCGUUCACCAUCAAGGAGAGGCGUAGUGAAGUAAAGAGGUAUGGUGUAUUAUUCACCUGCAUGGCAUCCCGGGCAAUCCACCUUGAAUCAGCUAACAGCCUAUCAAGUAGCUCCUUCAUCAAUUGCUUGAGAAGAUUUCUCAGUCGACGAGGCCCGGUGCGUCAGAUACGUUCGGAUCGCGGCACAGCCUUCGUAGGAGCAAGAAAUGAGCUUCGUCAGGCAAUCCAGGAACUUGAUGAGGAAAAGGUCAAAGAGUAUCUUCAAGGAAACAAAGUCGACUGGAUUCCAUUCAACAUGAAUACUCCCCAUUCUUCUCACAUGGGGGGAGUAUGGGAAAGACAGAUUGCUACUGUUCGUCGUGCUCUAGAGCCCCUUCUAAUCAGCUCAGGAAACCAGCUCGACGAUGAGUCUUUCAGAACAUUCUUAACAGAGGUUGAAUCAAUAGUCAACUCUAGACCUCUUUCGACGAAAAACCUUUGUUCUCCAGAUGCUCCUGAGCCUCUAACACCAAAUCAUCUGUUGACUAUGAAACCUAAAAUCGUGCUACCACCUCCUGGAAAGUUCCAAACGGCAGAUUCCUAUUGUCGCAAAUGGUGGAGACGAGUUCAGCAUCUCUCCAAUGAAUUCUGGCUGAGAUGGAGAAAAGAGUUCUUGGCUGAACUCCAAACCAGACAGAAGUGGGUUACACCAAAGCGAAGCGUCAGGGCAGGAGAUGUGGUCAUCGUCAAAGAAGAAGGAGAAUUUCGAGGUAAUUGGCCCCUUGGUCGAGUAGAGAAAGUCCUUCCUAGCAAAGAUGGUCACGUACGCAAAGUCCAACUGAUGAUGGCAAACAAGUGUUUAGACGAAGAUGGACGAAGGAAAGGUCAGCCAACUAUCCUUGAAAGACCGAUACAUAAGCUGGUGGUGCUAAUUCCUACUGAAGAAACAUCACAAGGAAGGAUGCAAUCGGAAGACCAGAGGAUUCCCGAUCAAGGAGCCAGCCAAGAAGAAAAUAAGAAGUGAUGUCUUAUUGUAAAUGUUUAAUUUCUCUUUCUCUGAAUCUGUCAAACUCUUUCCCUAGUAUCCUCAUUCUCUCUUCUUCUCCCUCAGCCUUUUCACUCUCUCUCUUUCUCUCUAUCAGCAUUCUCUUUCCUAUAUUUUUCUUGCAGUCAUUAUGUAUAGAGUGAUUUUUGGAAUGUUUAAAUUACUUGAGGUGUAAUUUGUAACAGUAAGAUCACUGAGUAAUAUUGAUUUAGAUUGAAAUCCAUUUCAUUACAUUGGUAUCAUUAACAUAUUUUUCUAUGGUCAAUGUAUUUGAUGUGCUUGACAUAAUAUAUAUGUACUAAGUAGUACAUUUCGACACUUGAAUCUAGUAUUGUUAUGCUAAGAUGAUCACAUAAUCAGGUGAUUGAGCUAUUUACAUUUGUUUUAGUUUUACAGAUAAAUUACACAAUGGGAUCGGAAUAUCAUGAUUCCUAUUUUGGGUUGUUGUUCUUACAUUACUGUUUAUACUGUAGCGAGUAUUUAAAUAUUUGAGUCUAUAAUAAUUUGAAGUAUUAGUAUUCUGAAUCAAUUCCUUUUGUACUAUUUUGGUAACUGAUAGCAGGAUCAGUUAAAGGAGCCAUGUCACUGCAGCAGUGUGCAGUGAGUUCUAUGCAAUUUUAAUGCUGUAAAUAUUUUUGAUAUAUAUGUUUAAAUUCAUAUUCCACUAGAUUUCUCAUUUUGCACUCUAGCAUUUUCUUAAUCUCUUUCUACAUGAAAUCCCAUAGGUUAGGUUAUGUGCUAAAGUAUAGGUACAGAAAGCUAAUUCUAUAGAGCAAACCUUAGGUACACCCUUUAUUGUUAUAAUUUGUAUAGGAAUGGUCAAGUUCAUUGUUUUGUUCUGUGUAGAGCGCUGGGCAGUACCAGCUUCCUUGUAACUUUAAUUAGACUGUCUAAUGAGCAGUCUGGCUUGGCCAUAAGUUCAGAACCUUUAAAUAGAGAUGCAAAAAGCCAAGAAACUUCAGUUCAUAGUAAAGACACAGAAGAGAGAACUCCAGUUAACGUCAAGAUAUUUCUCGUAUUGAUUGCAACCAAGUGUACUUGUCUUAUAGCCUCCAAUUGUAUUUUAUCUCGGAUUUUGGACCGUGGGAUGACGGAAUAAAGUUCCACAUAAGCCACACUAAAGUCUGUGAAUACAUUUCUUUUGGAGUGAGAGUAUUUGUUAGCCGAAACUCCGUCCGUUUAUCGAGGAUAAAGGGCGGCAGCCACA